AUGUCCACCAACUCACGCGACCCUCUCAACGAGGCCCAGCGCGAUCCUCUCAGCUCAGUAUCCCUCAAUACACCUCAGCGCGUCACUCCUAUCUCCAAAACCAGCACUUCCCGUCCACCAAUUGUUCAGAAUGGUGUUUCGUCUUCACCAAUAUCAGCACCUUCUACGUCAACUAAGAAGCUCGCGCCUAUAUUCCUCACUAGACGAUGCACGCCCACUUCAACGUUAUUUCAGGAUACGAACGAUGAGAAUAUCGAUCCGAUAGCGAGUACGAGUACGAGCUCGAGUUCGAGUGGAUCACCAGUAUCUAGGAAGAAAAUCAAACUUGAUUAUUCCAUUCCAUUGGGAUCGAUCUCACUCGAACAGUCCUCUUCGUCGUCUUCCUCAAGUAGCAGCAGCUCUGCAGCUACGGCGGGAAGAGGGAUGGAUGGCGGGAUGGACAUUGAUAUGGACAAUACGAAUUCGAAAAAUCACGUUAGGAUGCAUAGCAUACACGAUUGGUUCUUACCCUCGACGAACUUGAACUACGAAAGGAUAAAAGAUGGUAAAAGAACUGAAAUUCAUCAGGAUAUAAAGGUUGAUGAAAGCAAGGAUGGACAUGGACAUGGGGUAUGGAAAAGACAGAGAAAGAGGUUGGUUAUGAAAGGGUUGAAUUCUAUCGUAAUGGAAAAACAUCGAUUAAUUACCCCUCAAGUCUCAUACCUCUCCACUCUCGUGCACUCUCUCUUGCCAUAUCAUCCUACGACCCCACCUUCUCUUCUCCUCUUACCAUCCAUUCAUCCACCUACAGGUCGACCGCGAGACUUUGCUCCUCCCUUAUCCAUCGCAUUUAACAAUAUCGCCAAGAACUACGAUGCCACCUCGGCGAAAGAAGCGGGUCUGAGGAGGUUGAUAGCUGUUGCAGGUGAAGAAGGAGGAGUGAGGAUAUUAGAUGUUGAUGAAGGUCUUGGUUCCCAUAGGGAAGAAAAAGGAUUUUGGUGGAGAGCUCAUGGAAAUGCUAUUUUUGAUUUGAGAUGGAGUGCGGAUGAUACGAGAGUUCUCACAGCAUCAGGCGAUCAAUCCACUCGUUUACAUGCCUUGACCACCCCUACUCCAACACUCCUAGCAACGCUCAAAGGUCACACUUCCUCCGUAAAGACCACCGUAUUUUUCGAUCCAUCUCGAUCUCACUCGGACCCAUCGACAUCUUCCUCCGUCAUCGCUUCGGGAGGACGUGAUGGGAAUAUCCUGAUAUACGACAUUCGAUGUCGAGGUAGACAGAAUAGGGACAUCGACCAUGAUGCCUUGAUGGUACCCCGAGGUGAUAGGGAGAGGUACAGCGAUGGUGUUCCUGGAUUCGUCGCUCAGCCGCCUAAUAGGGGGAUGGAGUUGAAUCCUGUCAUGACGAUUAGGAAUGCUCAUGGCGAUGGUCGGAGGAAUGGCAAUGGGCGCACUGCAACUCGAUCAGUAACUAGUCUGGUGGCGUUGCAGAGUAUGCCUGGUAUACUGGCUUCGGGGGGAUCAUUUGAUGGUAUCGUCAAAUUAUGGGAUCUUCGUUUUCCAACUCCCACCACGCGAUCACCUGAGCCUCGACCAAGCUGUACAGCUAUUGGAUCUUUACCUGAUCCAACAGUGUACGGGGCUAUCCCAUCGAGACGAGCACGAUCAAUCAACGCAUUGUGUGAAUCACCAACCACGGGCGACCUGUACGCUCUAUGUGGUGAUUCCAAGAUCCACUCUUUACGACCUUCUUCUUUCUCCCAUCUCACAGAUGAAGGUAGCAAUAACAAGGAAGCUAUAGGAUGCAAGACAUAUACCGAUCCUAAUUUAUUGGUAUCGAGUUUCUACAUCCGACUUUCCAUCUCUCCCGAUGGGCGAUACUUAUCUUCAGGGAGCUGUAAAGGUGGAGUGAUGAGUUGGGAUACGCACCAAAAGGAUGGAAGUAACGCGACGAGGCUGGUUUUGGGGAUGGGAGGCGUACAGUGGCCUGAAGGGAAGGAAAGGGAGGUAGGAGCGGUGGAUUGGGGUAAAGAUAUGUUGGCAGCUUCUUCUGAUGAUCUCGCGACGAGGUUAUGGAGAUCUGAUAGAGAUGUGGCGAGAUGGUUGAAAGAUGAUCCAAACAAAGCUUCUGAAGGAUGGUGUGGUAGUGUAUGA